AUGUCAGAUCAUGAAAUGUACGAUAAUAUUGAUGCUGGAGCAUCACAAACGUACCCUGUGCAAGCAGGUGCAAUAAAAAAAAAUGGUCAUGUAAUGUUGAAAGAGCAUCCAUGUAAGGUGGUUGAUUAUUCCACAUCAAAAACAGGAAAGCAUGGUCAUGCAAAAGCACACAUUGUAGGUAUAGAUAUAUUUACAGGAAGGAAAUAUGAAGAUAUAUGUCCAACAUCUCAUAAUAUGGAUGUACCUGUUGUAAAAAGAACUGAAUUACAAUUAAUUGAUAUUACAGAAGAUGGUUUUGUGUCUCUUUUAUAUGAUAAUGGAGAUACCAAAGAUGAUUUAAGUUUACCAAAAGAUACCGAAGGAAACUUAGAUGAAGUAGCUAAACAAAUACGAAAUUUAUUCGACAAUGGAAAAUCUGUUUUGGUUAGUGUUCUUUCAGCUUGUGGACAAGAAAAAAUUAUUGCAGCAAAGGAAUUAUCAUCAUAA